CGAAUUCCCCCUACCCCCCCCCUCUUCCCCAAGUCUUCCCCCUGUCGGUGUCAGAGUCAUUUUAAGGAUCUUAUGUUAUCACAUUCAAGUAACACAGCUUGUUUUGAGCGUUGUGAGUGCAUAUACUCUGAAGGUCAUUGAUAAUGCUUGCUAGUUUCAGGCGCAUACCCUUUUCUGUUGUUCAAUUGCAGUGUUUGACCUAUUGACACUUGUUGUCUAUUCUACACUUUGGACCCGUACCUGAAUGUAAAAAAGUUGCCUAUUACAUGUACUGAUAUCAGCAGAUUGUCCAUUCUAUAUUUUUACAUUUGAACAGCGUAGGGAGGUAAUUUUAUUCCUUAGUAGUGUCACACUCAGUGUUUCUCCAAAUUUUAAGAUUACCAUUAAACUAUGGCGGCCAGACAGAUGAGACUUGGUCUCAUACAGAUGGCAGUCCAUGAAGACAAGCUUGAAAAUGUUAAAAAAGCUGUAUCAUUAAUUAAAAAGGCAGCUGAAAAGGGCUCAUCAUUGAUAGUUCUGCCAGAAUGCUUUAACUCACCAUACGGGUUGAAAUACUUUCCCAAGUAUGCUGAAAGCAUUCAUCAAGGAGAUACUGCAAAAGCUCUUUCAACUGCUGCAAAGGAAAACAAAAUUUAUCUCGUUGGUGGAUCUAUACCAGAAAAUGAUAAUGGGGAGUUAUAUAAUACUUGCACUGUUUGGGAUCCCUCUGGAAACCUGUUAUGCACCCACAGAAAGGUGCACUUGUUUGACAUUGAUAUUCCAGGAGGCAUUAAAUUUAAGGAAUCAGAAGUGUUGAAGCCUGGGAAAAAGCUGACCACUUUCAACAUUGGCCCAUGGAAAAUUGGCCUUGGAAUUUGCUAUGAUAUUAGAUUUGCUGAGAUGGCCAAACUCUACUGCAAAGAUGGGUGUAAUCUCCUCAUCUACCCGGGGGCAUUUAAUAUGACAACUGGGCCUCUUCACUGGGAGUUGUUGCAAAAGUCACGUGCUGUUGACAAUGAAUUGUACGUAGCAGCAGUGUCCCCAGCUCAGGAUGCAUCAGCAGAAUAUGUAGCCUAUGGCCACACUAUGGCAAUUGAUCCAUGGGGAAAAAUACUAUCUUCAGCAAGCUUCGGGGAAGAAAUAGUUUAUGCUGAUAUUGAUUUGUCUGUCGUGGAGAAGAUGAGGCAGCAAAUCCCCUUGAUAUCUCAACGAAGAACUGACUUGUAUGACACAGUUUUGAAGGAUUAGAUCUUGUACUGUAUGUACCUUUCCAAAAAAUGUUUCAGUGCUAAAUUUGAAAGUAAAUAUAUUUUACAUAAUUA